GGAAAAACAGCUUCUCCGAGCCGCAAAUAAGAAGACGGAUUCUCAGACCAGGCUUGCUAAUGCCCCGCAGCCAUCAUGUAACUGAGCUCGCAGAGCAGUUACGAUUUGUUACCCGACCCUCCGGGAUCGCCUCAUUUGUCCCUAGUGAGAUCCUGAGGCUCUGGUCGUGCCGGGCUUCUCAGUAGCUGGAUGUAUGUCGUGCACCGGGCAGCACGGGCGCAGGGCACGCGUUCCCGCACACCCGCGCACACCCGAAAACGCACAAGACUAAUUUUCUGGAGUUUCUGCCCCUGCUCUGCGUCAGCCCUCACGUCACUUCACCAGCAGUAGCAGAGGCGGCGGCGGCGGCUCCCGGAAUUGGGUUGGAGCAAGAGCCUCACUCGCUCCUUCGCUCGCGCUCUCUGCGCUCGGUGCCCAGCGGCAGGAGGAGCCUGGACCCAGGCGCCGCCGGCGGGCGGUAGGCGCCGGAGGCCGGCUCCGAGGUGCGUCCGGAAUCCCAGUGCGCCCCCAGAGAGUCCCGGGAGCGCCCGCCGUGGCCGGUGCCCGGAACGCUGGGCCAUGCUGCGGUGCCCGCGGCGGAGCUGCGAGUGCUGGUAGCGCCCCCUGUGAAGCAGCCGGAGAUGCCCCAGGCACUGUGAACAGUGCUGCCCUUCAGGACAUACUCAGCUUUGGACGCACUCGACUCUGCGACUCUGCGGCCAGUGACCAACAUCCAGCAGAGAGAGUGGCGAGCGCGGCAAAGACCACUCAGCACUGGCAGGGGAGACUGACCGGUGCAGCACAGGGACACGUACUCAGUCUCACUCCAGCUGGCACUGGUGGCUAGGGAUGUCGACCUGGACAAGGUGGCAUGGACCUGCAAUGGCCCGACUCUGGGGCUUCUGCUGGCUGGUUGUGGGCUUCUGGAGGGCCGCUCUCGCCUGUCCCAUGUCCUGCAAAUGCAGCACCUCUCGGAUCUGGUGCAGCGACCCUACUCCUGGCAUCGUGGCAUUUCCAAGAUUGGAGCCUAGCAGUGCAGACCCUGAGAACAUCACCGAAAUUUACAUUGCAAAUCAGAAAAGAUUAGAAAUCAUCAACGAAGAUGAUGUUGAAGCUUACGCAGGACUGAAAAAUCUGACAAUUGUGGAUUCCGGAUUAAAAUUUGUGGCUCAUAGAGCAUUUCUGAAAAACAGCAACUUGCAGCACAUCAAUUUUACCCGAAAUAAACUGACGAGUUUGUCUAGGAAACAUUUCCGUCACCUUGACUUGUCUGAGCUGAUCUUGGUGGGCAAUCCAUUUAUGUGCUCCUGUGAUAUUAUGUGGAUCAAGACUUUUCAGGAGACUAAAUCCAGUCCAGAAACUCAGGAUCUGUACUGCCUAAAUGAAAGCAGCAAGAAUAUCCCUCUGGCAAACCUGCAGAUACCCAAUUGUGGUUUGCCGUCAGCAAAUUUGGCUGCGCCGAACCUCACUGUGGAGGAAGGAAAGUCUAUCACAUUAUCUUGUAGUGUUGAGGGAGAUCCAGUUCCGAAUUUGUACUGGGAUGUCGGUAAUCUGGUUUCCAAACAUAUGAAUGAAACAAGCCACACACAGGGCUCCUUAAGGAUAACUAACAUUUCAUCCGAUGACAGUGGAAAGCAAAUCUCUUGUGUGGCAGAAAAUCUUGUAGGAGAAGAUCAAGAUUCUGUGAACCUCACUGUGCAUUUUGCGCCAACUAUCACAUUUCUCGAAUCUCCAACCUCAGACCACCACUGGUGCAUUCCAUUCACUGUGAAAGGGAACCCCAAACCGGCGCUUCAGUGGUUCUAUAAUGGGGCAAUACUGAAUGAGUCCAAAUACAUCUGUACUAAAAUCCAUGUUACCAAUCACACGGAGUACCACGGCUGCCUCCAGCUGGAUAAUCCCACCCACAUGAACAAUGGGGACUACAAGUUAGUAGCCAAGAACGAGUAUGGGAAGGAUGAGAAGCAGAUUUCUGCUCACUUCAUGGGCUGGCCUGGAAUUGAUGGUGGUGCAGACCCAAACUAUCCUGAUGCUAUGUAUGAAGAUUAUGGGACUACAACAAAUAAUAUCGAGGACACCACAAACAGAAGUAAUGAAAUUCUUUCCACAAAUUCUACUAACAAAACUCGUCGGGAGCAUCUCUCGGUCUAUGCUGUGGUGGUGAUUGCAUCCGUAGUGGGAUUUUGUUUGCUGGUAAUGCUGUUUCUGCUGAAGUUGGCAAGACACUCCAAGUUUGGCAUGAAAGAUUUCUCAUGGUUUGGAUUUGGGAAAGUAAAAUCAAGACAAGGUGUUGGCCCAGCUUCAGUUAUCAGCAAUGAUGACGACUCUGCCAGCCCACUUCACCAUAUCUCCAAUGGGAGUAAUACCCCAUCGUCUUCAGAAGGCGGCCCUGAUGCCGUCAUCAUUGGAAUGACCAAGAUCCCUGUCAUUGAAAAUCCCCAGUACUUUGGCAUCACCAACAGUCAGCUCAAGCCAGACACAUUUGUUCAGCACAUCAAGCGACAUAACAUUGUUCUGAAAAGGGAGCUAGGCGAAGGAGCCUUUGGAAAAGUUUUCCUAGCUGAAUGCUAUAACCUCUGUCCUGAGCAGGACAAGAUCUUGGUGGCAGUGAAGACGCUGAAGGAUGCUAGUGACAACGCACGCAAGGACUUCCACCGUGAGGCCGAGCUGCUGACCAACCUCCAGCAUGAGCACAUUGUCAAGUUCUACGGCGUCUGUGUGGAGGGCGACCCACUCAUCAUGGUCUUCGAGUACAUGAAGCAUGGGGACCUCAACAAGUUCCUCAGGGCACACGGACCUGACGCCGUGCUGAUGGCGGAGGGCAACCCGCCGACAGAGCUGACGCAGUCACAGAUGCUGCACAUUGCCCAGCAAAUCGCAGCGGGCAUGGUCUACCUGGCGUCUCAGCACUUCGUGCACCGAGACCUGGCCACCCGGAACUGCCUGGUCGGCGAGAACCUCCUGGUGAAAAUCGGGGACUUCGGCAUGUCCCGGGACGUGUACAGCACUGACUACUACAGGGUUGGUGGCCAUACAAUGUUGCCCAUUCGCUGGAUGCCUCCGGAAAGCAUCAUGUACAGGAAGUUCACCACAGAAAGUGAUGUCUGGAGCCUGGGGGUCGUGUUGUGGGAAAUCUUCACAUAUGGCAAACAGCCCUGGUACCAGCUGUCUAACAAUGAGGUGAUAGAAUGCAUCACUCAGGGCCGAGUCUUGCAGCGACCUCGAACAUGCCCCCAGGAAGUCUACGAGUUGAUGCUGGGGUGUUGGCAGCGAGAGCCCCACAUGAGGAAGAACAUCAAGGGCAUCUAUACCCUCCUUCAGAACUUGGCCAAGGCAUCUCCAGUCUACCUGGAUAUUCUAGGCUAGGGCCCUUUCCCGCAGACCAAUCCUUCCCAAAGCACCUCCUCAGAUGGGCCGAGAGAGUGAAUGUCUUUUAACCGCUGCUGGAUGCCAUCAAUCUGCUGUUCUCUACUCUGACAGUAUUAACAACAAAGACACCAAGAAGCUUUCAGAGGGAAGCAAUGUGUACUUCUCCAUCCGUAGACACAGUAUGGACUCCUUUUUGGCAUUAUCUCUUUCUCUCUUUCCAUCUCCCUGGGUUUGUUCUCUAGUUUUUGUUCUCUUUUUGUUUGUUUCUCUUUUUUUGUCUUCCCUGCUUCACAGUUCUUACCCUUUCUUUUUAAUCAAUCUGGCUUCUGCAUUACUCUUAACUCUGCAUAGACAAAGGCCUUAACAAACCUAAUUUGUUAUAUCAGCAGACACUCCAGUUUGCCCACCACAACUAACAAUGCCUUGUUGUAUUCCUGCCUUUGAUGUGGAUGAAAAAAAGGGAAAACCAAUAUUUGACUUAAACUCUGUCACUUCUGCUGUACAGACAUCGAGAGUUUCUAUGGAUUCGCUUCUAUUUAUUUAUUAUUAUUAUUGUUCUUAUUGUUUUUGGAUGGCUUAAGCCUGUGUAUGAAAAAGGAAAACUUGUGUUCAAUCUGGGAAGCCCUUUAAUUAUGGGAGAUUAAAACCAGAGAGAAAGAAGAUUUAUUAUAAACCGCAAUAUGAGAGGAACAAAGACAACCAUUGGGAUCAGCUGGCAUCAGUCCCUGCUUAGGAAAAACCCAGCAACUGUUAGCUGGGAGGAAUGUAUUUGGCACCUUCCCUUGAGGAUCGUUCUGAGGAGUAAAAAGACUGUUGAACUCUGUGGCAUCGACUAUUCAUUUCCCAUCAUCAGAAACUCUAGAGUAUAGUAGAGAGAAAAGAUGGCUUCUGCGAGACACAAGAUGGUACGUCACAUGCUCAGACAGUCUUGUCUUUGUAGAUCAUGGUCAUAGCACUGGGUUGUUGUCCAAGUGUUAUCCAAUGAUCCUUUGUCAAGUUCUCUUAAAAAUAGGUGGAUUCUUGUCUAGAGAUCAUUUCAGGGUUGGGUAGGAAAGCCAAGCACUUGGAAAAGAUAGGACAAGCUAUACAUUCAGAGACAAGCUUCUCUUAUAUUGAACUUUUCAGAUAGCACUUCCCUCCAACC